AUGUGCCCCAAACGCUGGAGGCAGCCCCCAAUGUUUGGCUCGCGGCAGUGCCAUCUGGUGAGGACUCAACUGAGCGAGGAGAGGGCGGAAGGGGGUUGUGCGGCACGCCAGGAUUAUCAUGGUCGUUUUGCCACCGAACCCGCGAUAGCGGGGCGACUAGAUCCUCCAGAUUCCUGGUACACUUCUGUUUGGAUCAGGGGGGCACAUGGGUGGGACGCGGCAGGGAUUUUCUACUCCUUGUCUUGGGCUUCCCCGGGGUCAUGUGCACAGGGGGACACUCUUCGGGUGGGAUUGGAGUUUCUUUGUUUGGGGGGGGGGUGUGGGAGUGGCUCGGUCCGGCCCCCUGCGGCACAGGGAGCUAUCGGGGUGCCCACGCUGCUAGCGCACAGUAUUGCUAUUGGGUACUAUCAAGCGUACGUACGUCAGGUCGCGGUGAACGGUAUGAACCGGUCGGGGGUGGUGGAUGGAUCAUAA